GAAGUCGGCAGUAUUAUCGGCAAGAAGGGCGACAAUAUCAAGCGAUUUCGCGAAGAGAGCGGCGCGAAGAUCACCAUAUCGGAUGGCUCCUGUCCGGAGCGCAUCGUCACCGUCACCGGCUCGACGGACGCCAUUCUCAAGGCCUUUGCCCUCAUUGCGCGCAAGUUUGAGGAGGUGAGCAGCGUCGGCGGCUGGCUAGAUCUGGACCCAAACUGCGGUGGCGGCAUGAUGCAGUCGCACUCGACGCUCUCCCUCACCUCCAUUGGCACUAAUGGAGGAGGUGGGUCCAGCUCAAACGGGAAAAACUCCUCCGGUUUGGGCAAUUCCGCGGCGGUCAACUCGAUGAUGGCCGGUCAGGCGCCGGUCACGCUCAAGCUGAUUGUCCCCGCCAGCCAGUGCGGCUCUCUGAUUGGCAAGGGCGGCGCCAAGAUUAAGGAGAUUAGAGAGUCUACGGGCGCCUCGAUUCAGGUGGCCAGCGAGAUGUUGCCCAACUCGACGGAGCGCGCGGUGACGCUGUCGGGCACGGCGGAGGCGAUCACCAAGUCCAUCUACCAGAUUUGCUGUGUCAUGCUCGAG